GCUUCCUGGGACGGGUAAGCAGCGAGGAAGCUGGAAUUCUCCUGGAGCUCAGAGUAAAGCUCCCCGCGCCGUGCUAGGGCUCCUAACUUGCUUCUGAGUUCUAUCUAACCAGGUGGGCCUCUGCACUCUGUGCGGCCCUAACGACUGUAGUCUAAAGGAGGUUCAUCCGUAAUCAAUAUAAUGGAAAAUUCUAAGACUUCUGACUCUUUUCAACAUGAACUGGAGGAUUAUAUUAGAAAGCAGAAAGCCAGAGGAUUGCAACCAACGCUUCGCUUUACAAAGGUGAGGGAGGACUCCGCGUGCCAAGAAAAGGGCCCCACUGAGCCUCGGGGGCCGGAGCAGCAGGGACUCCCCUUCUGGAGGCCCCACGUGUUCCCCGCUUCCUUGGAAAGACUGAGGACCAUGGAAAGCCGGGUACCUCCCUGGCUUGAAAUUCCUCAUGCGCCACAAAGACUGGAAUCUGUAAACCACAGUCAAAAUAAUCAGGACCAUUUCUUCAAACACUGGUGGCUUCCCAGCCCAUCUGGGCAGGGAAAGAACACAGGCGUCCGCGGGGCGCACGGCAGGGAAGGUUCCUGUUGCCUCUUCUGGGAGCCCCGUGGCAGCGCCCAGCAGGCGGGCCGUGGGGACCGAGGCCUGAGGAGGAGGCAAGGGGAGGUGGGAGAACGAGGAGCGGCCAGGGAGGAGCAAGCAGAGCCCAAGAGGAAGCACCGCGCGAAGGGAGACUCACACAAAGGGAACAGGGGCAGGAGAAAGGCCGAGGGGGCGCCAGGCAGUGCAGAGAGGCACAGACGCAGCAAGAAGAAUCACCAGGGUGGGGAUGCCGCAAAAGAGGCGAGAAGGUCCGGGAGAGAGAAGAAGGGGCCAGGCAGGGAAGGCCCAGAGGAGAGGGACCUGUGGGAUGAAGCCAUCCUCGGCAGUUGUUACUGAUGACUGGGGACUGGGGGCCCCAGUAUUAAAUCAUUUGAAUCCACUGGAAAAGAUGGAUUAGAUAACACUGAAGCAGUUAAAUGGCCACCUGCUUGGAAGAAAAUAAAAUCUAAUCGUCACCUCACACUCUAUUCAAAUAUUAAAACCCAGAUGGUUUACAGAUAUAUGUGUAAAAACUAAAAUAUAAAAAUAUUCAAAGAAAAUAUGGGAAAAGUAUUUUUAAUCUUGAAGUAUGGAUGGCCUUCCUAAAUAAGACACAAGCCAGAAACCAUCAAAGAAAAAUUAAUAGAUGUAACUGCCGAGAUAUUUUAAAUUUGUGUAAAGUAGAAGAUUUUGUUGUAAAAUUUGUAAAAUGGAAAUUUUAAAAAUAAAGCAUUGUAUGUGUGCAUCGAA